AUGUAUCCAUUUGUCAUAAUUCCUCCCCAAACCCCUAAACCAGAUGAUGCAACUUGGAUUCUUACUGCUUCCUUCGUUAUUUUCACCAUGCAGACAGGAUUCGGGCUUCUAGAAUCAGGUGCUGUAUCCAAAAAGAAUGAAGUGAAUAUAUUAAUGAAGAAUGCCGUGGAUGUCGUUCUUGGUGGACUUUCUUACUGGAUGUUUGGCUAUGGAUUACAAUAUGGACAAGGACCAGGAACCUCGGCAUUUUGUGGUGUUGGAUCGUUUAUGGUAGACGCUGACAAUGAUGGGGGAGUGUUCGCAACUUUCAUUUUUCAGUUAUCCUUUGCCACAACCGCAACGACUAUUGUGUCUGGUGCAAUGGCAGAAAGAGCAGAUUUUAAUGCUUAUAUAGUAUUUUCUUUUCUAAAUACAAUUACUUACUGCAUUCCAGCUGGUUGGAUGUGGGGUGAACAUGGAUUUUUGAAGAAGCUUGGAGCCAUUGAUUUUGCUGGAUCUUGCGCAGUCCAUUUAACUGGAGGGGCUUCGGCACUUGUAAGCUCUCUGCUGCUUAAACCAAGGUUACACAGGUAUGAUCAAGGUACCAGCUCUUUGGCUAUGGGAGAUCCUGGCAAUGCUAUUAUUGGAAUGUUCACAUUGUGGUGGGGAUGGUUAGUAUUCAACACAGGCAGUAGUUUUGGCAUAACAGGAAACAAGUGGCAAUAUUCUGGAAGAGCAGCUAUUAACACCAUCAACGCAUCUUUGGGUGGAGGAAUGGCGGCACUUAUUUUAACGUACAUCAAGAAUCGCAGAUUUGGAGUCAGUGAUACAGUGAAUGGAAUUCUAGGUGCCUUGGUGGGUGUUACAGCUGGAUCUGCUUUCUUGCGACCAUGGGAAUCUGUGGUUGUUGGUAUAGUAUGCGCAAUAGUAGUAAAUGCUUCAGCUCCCUUCCUUGAUAGAAUGAAAGUUGACGACCCAGUAGGAGCAGUAGCAGUUCAUGGCGUUGGUGGAAUAUUGGGGAUGGUUGCUGUUGGUUUAUUUGUUGAAGCUGAUCCUCUACUUAAUAUGACAAAUGGGUUAAAUGGAGUGUUUAAAGGCGGCGGCUUUUAUUUCUUAUUAGUCCAGCUGCUUUCCUGCGUUUGCACAGCAUCUUGGAGCAUGUUGACUACAUUUAUAAUAUUAAAAGGUAUCAAUUUAGUAAUCACUAUUAGGAUGAAACCACCUGAGGAACUGCUGGGUGCUGACUUCAAUGAACAUGAUAUAUACCAUGAUGGAUACGAUUAUAAAUCAAUGACAGCACAAUUAAUUAGACAAGGUUACCAAGUGCAUACCUUGCAUCCACACGUUCUACCAAGAAGCGAAUGGGAUGAAUAUCUGAUCGAAAAAUAUCUACCACUUAUUCAAAAUGAUCAACUCAUAAAUCAACGAGCUAUGUGGACAAACAGAUCAGAAAAUGCAGGAGCUUUCAACGUAAUCAAGAAACGCAUGAAAUAUUGCUACAAAAGAUGUAUUAUAUCCUAA